UUUAGUUGUCUGAUGCCUGGUGUUGGCAAACGUAGCUGCCUCGAUCGACAUUCGCGAUUCUAAGCUCGCGGUCUCACACAUACUACCAACGAAAUAUACUAUAUAUAUAAAUAUAUAUAUAUAGAUUUAACUGUGUGUUUAUUUACGGAUUCACUGAUCCGAUUAGACUCAAAGAUUGUACUAUUAGUUCUACAAUAUGUGGCGCUUACUUUUGGCACUUGUAAUUCUGAUGAGUGCGGUCAGAUCAGAGACGGAUCUGUGGCGUACUGAUCUUCGCAGUCCCGAGACCCAGGCCUACAUCAUGCGGCUGCAGCAAGAGCAGGCGCAACAACAGCAGCAGAAAGAGACGCUACAGCCACCGCCAUCGCUACAGCAACAGCAGCAGCAACAGUCGCAGCCCGCAGAGUACCGGCCAUCGCCCGACCUUGUCAACAUGACAGUGAACAUUCGCACAGAUCCAAUAGCUGGGAGUGCUACCUGGGGUAGCUCCGCUUCCGGCUCAUCCUACGUGGACGUGGCCAGCUCCGAUCAGAUAGCUCGCAGUGUCUUCAACUUCGCCCAGAACCUGGCGAAUCAACUGAGCGUGAGAUAUCGCAAGACCGAGAUAUUCUCGCCCCUCAGCAUUGCCUCCUCGCUGGCCCUACUGCUGCUCGGCGCCAAGGGGCGCAGCUACCAGGAGCUGUCCUCAGUGUUUGGCACAUCGGAUACCAUCAAAUUUCACGAGCAAUUCGGACUGAUGCUGCAGGAUGUGCGGCAGCCCACAAUGGAGUUGGUGUCCGCCCAGCGGCCACAGGUGCCGUGGCGUACGAGUAGUGGUCGCCAAUAUCGACGCUAUCUGCGACCCGCACCCCACGAGGUGCAUCUGGCCAACGGACUGUUCACCCAGGCGGGCUACACGCUCAAUGCCGGUUACAGUCAAGUGAUCCGCGAUAUUUAUGGCUCGGAUCUGGAGACGGAGGACUUCGAGGCAAGUCCGGCCAAGGCGCGUUACAACAUCAACAGUUGGGUGGCGCAGCACACACGCAACCAUAUCGAGAGCAUCAUAUCCAGUGAUAUACCACAGAGCACCCGCAUGAUACUGGCCAAUGCCCUGUACUUCAAGGCCUUCUGGGAAACGGAUUUCCUCAUGUCGGCCACCAGGCCGGACACUUUCUAUCCAAAUGGCGAGGGAACUCAGCCGGCGCUGACUGUCUCGAUGAUGGCUACCGGCGGCAGUUUUCCCUAUCACGAGGACCAACAGCUGGGCUGCAAGAUCCUGGGCCUGCCCUAUCGCGGCAACCUGAGCACCAUGUACAUCAUUCAGCCCUUCAAGUCGUCCGUCAACCAGCUGCAGAUGCUGCAGCAGAGACUGAACGCGGACGUGGUCGAGGACCUGAUCGGCAAAAUGGUUCGCCGCACAGCCGUAAUCGCCUUCCCCAAGAUGCACAUUACAGAGUCUGUUAACCUGAAGACCAUGCUCCAGAAAAUGGGCAUCGGCGGCAUCUUCAGCACAGUCCAGAGUGACCUCUCCCUCAUUGCCACAAGUGAGCCGCAGUUGCCGGGUAGUGAACUUAGUAAUAGUCCGAGGGGCAACGGCCUUCAGAGUCUGGAGGCCCAGCGACGCGCCUCGCCGGCGGCACGCUCCGAUCUCGUCGUGGAUGACAUUGUGCACAAAGUUGACUUCACCGUCAACGAAACGGGCACGGAGGCAGCGGCGGCGACGGUCACGUACCUGAAAAAAUCCGGACCCGAUGUGCUCUUCCGGGCCGACACGCCUUUCAUUAUUUUGGUGCGCCAUGAUCCAACAAAGCUCAUCCUGUUUUACGGAAUCAUCAAUGAGCCGCCAACGGCUAACUAGGUUUCGUUUCAAAGGUCAAGCAAUUAGUGCAUAAGAUCGUUGACUUUUUCGUUAGUCUCUUAAGAAGCUAUUUAAUAUGAUAAUAAACUAAGUAAAAUACAGCGCAACAA